UGGAGACGGUGGGAGGACAGCAGCAACCAGGCUAACGGGCUAAAUGGCUAACUGGCUCGUUAGCGCACCGUUGAAUCAUCAUAGGCUGUUCAAUUCGUAAAACGAUGUUUUUAUUCUAAACGUUUUGAGUCACGACAUUACGUCUGACUCCAUCUGUCACCGCGGCGUUGUCUUAGACGUAAGUUAACUUGCAUGGCAGCAGUCGUGUCCCCGCUAACGAGGCUAGCUCUUCUCGGUGUGGGGAUGUCGAGCUGGUCGUGAUUAGCUAACGAGUGAAACUAACGCGCUUAUCUAAAUAUUAUCCCAACACACUGACUACCAAACAAGGGGAUGUAGCCACCUAGCACGGAUAGUGUGGGAUAGCCGGGAUGGAUGUGAGUUAACAGCUGGACUGGGACGGUCUGGCCCGGGUUAGUGGUUCUCUAGAGCGGAUCUGAGUGUCGAGCCGAGCCGAGCCGAGCCGAUCCGAGCCGAGCCCUUCAAGUAGCAGCAGCAGCAGCAGCAGCAACAUCAGCCUGGUCCCCCCGCGCCGGAGUACAGCAGGCAGAGCUCCACACCGCCGGUCAGGCCCGGUCUCCCGGGUGAGAUGAGAUGCAGCGGAUCGGAGGGCCGAUCAGCAUCCCGAGUCCCGGUAACACCUGCUAACCAGGAUGGAUGUGUGCAGUAAGAACCCAAACCGCACGGCGCCGGUUGGUGAGGACGACCCACAUCAGGCCGAUGUGCCUCUCUGCUCUCGGACAAACGGUUGGAGCUGGCCGCCACAUCCUUUCCAGCUGCUGGCCUGGCUGCUCUACAGCUAUUUUGCCGUCACAGGCUUCGGCGUGUUUGUCCCCCUGCUGCCUUCACACUGGAUCCCUGCGGGCUACAUCUGUACGGGCAUCAUGUUCGUCUCUCACCUGUGUGUCCACAUCAUGGCCGUGUCCAUCGACCCGGCCGACUACAACGUCAGAACAAAGAGCGACAAAGGUCCGGUGCCCGUGUUCGACCGCUCGAAGCACGCUCACGUCAUCGAGAACUGCCACUGCUACCUCUGCCAGGUGGACGUGGGUCCUAAGUCAAAGCACUGCAGUGCCUGUAAUAAGUGUGUUGCCAACUUCGACCAUCACUGUCGGUGGCUCAACAACUGUGUGGGGAGCAGAAACUACAAGUUGUUCCUCCAUAGUGUGAUCUCAGCUCUGUUGGGGGUUGUGCUGGUUCUGAUUGUUGCCUCCUACGUCUUAAUUGAGUUCUUUGUGGACCCAUCCAAACUCCGAACCGACAAACACUUUCUUGUGAGGAAUGAGACAGGUGUGUGGUACGUGUUCCUGCCGGUGGCUCCGAUCAGGUCAACGGCAGGAGCCAUUCCCGGGCUGGCUGCUGUCACCAUCACUCUGGGUCUGCUGUCGUUUAUGCUGCUCUCUCACCUGCUCUGCUUCCACAUCUACCUGAUGUGGAACAGACUCAGCACCUAUGAGUUCAUUGUGCGUCAGCGUCACCGUCAGGACGGCAGAGACUCGAGGAAACCCAGAGCAGUGAAGGAGACAGCAGCUCCGACGGUAAACGUCAUCAAGGAUGUGAACUACUCAGGGACUCUGGGUUACACCAACCCACAGCUGGACAUGAGGGAACCUACCACUGUGGCUGUGCGGGGGGAGUCAGAAUUCCUGGCUAACGGCAGAGUGAGGACCGUGUCCAGUCCUGUCAUGGAGGAAGAAUCUCUGCCCAACGUGUCAACAGAGCUGAAAGCAGCAGCACACACACACCGACGCACGCAGAAAAAGAAGAAGAAAGUUCGUAAAGUUCCUGCAGAGGUGACCAGAGAGCGCUGCCCGAGUACAGCCCCGCCCCCUGCAGAGCCCAGCAGCAUGUCUGCUGUGUCCCUGGGUCAGCGACUUCCCUUCCCAGCGUUCCCUCUGAGGGCCACCUUGCCCCCCCUUGCCCUACCUGUGGGCCCCGUGCAGGCGGCCGCCCCUCCAGCUGAGUACCACUCGGACUCUGCAGAGUCUCUGGAGGAGAUCCCGGUGGCCUUGGCCAAACUGGGCUCCUCGUCUUCUGCUGCUGCAGCCUCCGGAGGAGACGCCUCCACGUCUUUGCAUAGAGCUGUCCCCUCCUUCCCGCUGCCCUCCCCCCAACCCAGGACUAAGAGGAAGACCACUUCCUCCCGCACAAAUAAGAACAUCGCAGAGCUGAGGUUUGAGAUGGCCUCCACCCAGCCUCCGAUGGUGUUUGUUAGCCGAGCUAGCGGAGACGUCUCUGGGCCUCGUGAGGAGGCCUUUAAUCUCAGCAGGAAGCAGACCGGCUCCAGACCUGGGUCCAGGCCGGCUUCUCGGACCUCGCUGGCCUCCUGGAUGGAGGUUUAACCUGAGCAGAGUCUGAACUGAAACUGUUCUCACUCUUUAUCUUUUUACUAUCACUGGCGCUCUGCAGCCUUGCACAACAAUCUGUGUGUUUUUGUUUUGUAUGUUUUGUAUCUCUGAUUAUGUGAUUAUUUAUUGAUUACUAAGAAAUCGCUUUUAUGUUGAAUGCCAAAGUUGAAACUUAUUUGUGCACAAUCUUUAUAAAUGAAGGAAAACUUUCA